CGAGAGAGAGAGAGAGAGGGCGUGAAAGCAAGAAAGAGCUGUCCGUGGUGCUGAAACGGGAUUUGCACGCAGACAACAGAGAUGCUCGCGUCCCAUUCGCUUAUCUUGUAAACUGACUUCCAAAGACAUUAAGAAUGCAUCGGCAUAAGAUCUCUCUGGCCGGAGCAGUGGUUCUCACCUGCAGCCUUCUUCACACUUGUUGCAUCGAUGCGUUUUCAUUACGGCAGCAAAGGCUAGUGGAAAAUGAAGCAGAGAAUAAGCGACAGAGCCCUUAUUUCAUGCCCAGUCCGGAGAUGCUUAAAGCCUUGGGGUAUAUCGAAAACCUCAAGCAGCAAACGACUGGCGAAGAAGCGGUACCGGACUACGACAUUGAAAAACUGCGAGCUUUGCUAAGACUUAAUCCUACACCAACCAUGGAAGACGCUGUCCAAAGUAUACUGGGAGACACGCGGGGCGGUAGGGUGGAAGAUACAUCUCAGCGCUUUAAAAUGCUGCUUAGGGCGCUUCAGCAGGCGGAUAAAGAGUCUAAAUUCUCUCUUAAAACUCCGAACUCACAGUACGUCUUCAACAACAGGCAGUAUCCAGAAGACGAAGGAGUAGCGGAAGACUUUGGUGAUUAUGGAGCCUACGCUUGGCCAGAACGGUCGAGACCCCUGAAACAGCAGCAGCUCCUUUUUGAAGACGAAGAUUCGAGAGAAAGCCCCUACAAGCGCACAAAUGAAAACGUGGAAGAGCAGUACACACCGCAAAGCCUGGCCACGCUGGAGUCUGUUUUUAAGGAGAUGGGCAAGUUGACAGUGCCUACCAACCACAAAAGAGAAAAGCUAGAAGAGGAGCAGAAAAUGUACAAGGAUAAUGAAGACGAGACGUACAGGGUGAAUAACUUGGCUUAUGAAGAUGUCACCGGAGGAGAGGACUGGAAUCCAGUGGAGGAAAAAGUAGAGACCCAGGAGAUUGAAGAGAUGAAGAACAGCAAAGAGGAAAUCGACAAAAGCUCCGAUGAGAUCGAUGAAGACACCAAGAGGUCGAGUCCACCUAAAUACAACAAGGAUCCAGAGGAUCACGAGACAGAGGAGUUCAGUAAACGCCUUGAUCAAUACCUUAUGAGGAUUCUGGAGAAUAAUCAAAGGGAAGAAGAAAAACGAGUGAGGGCGGAAAGGGCAAAGGAUGCGGCAAACAGCGAAAAAAGGAUAGCUAGACCUUUUGGGCCAUAUGAUAUGGACCCCCGGGCCAUAUAUCAGCUAAUCGAACUAUCUAGGAAACUGCAGAUACCACCCGAGGAUCUGAUAGAAAUGCUAAAAAGUGGAGAUUCAAAGAAACAAGACCUGGUGCUGGAUAACCCAGACGAUCAGGAUAAAAUCGAUGAAAAAGUGAGCCAGACAGUUUCUUACAAAAAAGACAAGGGGGGGAAAUCUCACAACAGGCGACCACAAGACCUUCUUCCAGAGGAUCUCCCAGAUGACUUAAACACCGAAGAUAUACUGAACAUCCUUGGCGUAGACAACGUGAUUAACCAAGCACCCAAAUACACCUUCAAACCAGUCAACAUCAAAAACGGGCCUGGCAGAUCGUCUGCCGGAGGAAGACGGGGGGACUAUGCUGCAGCCCAGACUAGGUGGCUCCCAAAUAAUUCAGACAGAGGCCCGAGCGAUAAUGGAGAACCUGCGGAUGAGGACGAACUGGCCAGUUACUUGGCUACAGUGCUAGCAAAAUACCCUCAGAUCAUCAACUCCAAAGACGCCAAAAGGGUCGCGCAGUCUUCGUCGGCGGAAGAUAAAGUGGCCUAUGGGAAUUACGAACAAGCCAUGAAAGAUUACUUUGAUCAGAUGGGUGUUUCCGACAGCGCCUCCACAAUUAAAAGAUUGUCGGGCCCCCCAGAGGAGGACUCCAAAAACAUACCGCACUUGGACGAAGAAAUGUUGCUGAAAAUGCUGGAGUAUAUCAACCAAGAGACUGGGGAAACGGAGGACAGGGACCGCUACGCCAAAGUAGUCAAUGGAAUGUAACUGGGGAAAGUCUGUCCAUUGUAAUCUCAAAUGUGUACGCCAUCCGCGCACUUCUACUGUAUAGUCGAGUACGGUGUCUGCUUAUUUGUAACCCCCAUGCGACAAGAAACGAUAGCUUAAUUAACUAACUGAGCUGACCGAUAUGUCCUCCUGCGUUUUCCAUGGUCCUUAGUUUAGAGCAAUUUACAGUAUUUUGUCGUUUUUGUUGUUCUACUAAUCCCGUUCGAAGAGAGGUUCUCCGUACACCGCAGGUACAACACACUGUUACAUUUUCGAAUAUUACCUUUCAGCACAGGCUGUAAUCCAGUAAGUUUCGGGUAUACUUUUGAUUCAAUGUUGUUUUAUUAAUAAAAUAUCGUGUCUUCAAUAAUGUGUGACGUAUUGAAGAAGAAUAAAGCAUUCACUAUUA